UCAACCACCACCUGAACUCUCCAUCCUCUACAGCAGUGCGAUCUCUAGACAGCAGCACCAUGAGUCUUAGGAGCAACACCCAGCACCGACUUCACAUGUCCUCAGAAGACUUCAGCACUAAGUCUUUAGGAUCAUACUCCAUCCCCAGAAUCGGCACCCCUAAUCAUGGGGCUCCUAUUACAGCUGUCACCUUCAACACAAGCCUGCUCACUCCACUGAAGACAGACAUCGACCCCACUGUUCAUGCUGUUCGCACCAAGGAGAAAGAACAGAUCAAGAGUCUCAACAACCGCUUUGCCUCAUUCAUUGACAAGGUGCGAAACCUGGAGCAGCAGAACAAAAUGCUGGAAACCAAGUGGAAGCUGCUGCAGGAACAGACUUCUGCUCCCGCUAACACUGAGCCCAUGCUGAAAGCCUACAUUGCUAACCUACAAAGGCAGCUGGAGCUUCACACUGAUGACAAAAACAGACUUGAUGUGAAGUGCAUUGCCAUGCACAAACAAGUGGAUGACUACAAGACAAAGUAUGAGGAAGAAGUCAACAGAAGGGAUGAUGCAGAAAAUGAGUUUGUCCUGCUCAAAAAGGAUGUGGACACAGGAUACCUGUCCAAGGUGGACCUCAGUGACAGGGUGGUUGCUAUCAGUGAUGAAAUAAACUUCCUCAAGGCUCUGUAUGAUGCGGAGCUGCGUGAGUUACAAGAGAACCUGAAGGACACCUCUGUGGUGGUGCAGAUGGACAACUCCCGUGGGCUGAACAUGGAUCAGAUUUUGUCUGAUGUUAGGGCUCAGUAUGAGGAGAUCGCUUCCCGCAGCCGUAAAGAUACUGAAAACUGGUACAAGAUAAAGUUUAACCAGAUGGCUUCUGAGGCAAACAAGUAUGACAGUGAGCUGCAUGCCACCAAGGGGGAAAUAGCUGAGCUCAAACGAACAAUCAACCGCAUACAACAUGAGAUUGAAACUUUAAGUAUGCAGCGAGCAAACAUUGAGGGUAACAUUGCUGAGGCGGAACAAUGUGGGGAACGAGCUGUACUUGAUGCCAAGAGCCUCAUCAAGGAGCUGGAGCAGGCUCUGCAGAAGGCCAAGCAGGACAUGGCUUGGCAGCUCAAGGAGUACCAGGAGCUCAUGAAUCUCAAGCUAGCCCUUGACAUAGAGAUCUCAACCUACAGGAAACUGCUGGAGGGCGAGGAGGAGAGACUUGGCCAGGUCUCUGUUGUUAACAUCCAGACAGCCCCCACCAAAACUGCCAUGGUUAACAGCCAUCAACUGAAAAGGUCGGGCCCUGUUCUCAUCAAGACAGUGGAGACCCAUAACAGGUCUUACAGCUAAAGGAGAAAACAUGUUGCAGUACUCAGACCAGCCUUUACAUUUUACCUUUGACCUGCUACUGUAUUAGCUAACAGCACAAAUGUUAAACAUGUAAGGCUGUUUGUUUGUUUUCCCUCUAUAUAUUACAAUUUGCUGUGUUGGAAAUAAAUCUGUAACCAAU